GUUAAGAGACCAAUUAAAAAAAAGGGAUAAUAAGAACACAUGAGAUGAAUCGUGUGGAUUCAUUCAAACGGUGCAAACUCGUAUUAUAUAAUUAUAAAACACUUGUAAAAAAACUCCAUUAACAACCAAAACCAAACUUCCUUCUCUCCGCGCCUAUUCAUCUCGUCACAAGGAGAGAGAGACUCACUCACUCACUCACUCUUCUUCUUCAUCUCUCUCUCUUUCGAUUUUCCCGGGAAAGGAAAAUAAUCGAACGCAGUAUAUGUCCUUCCUCUUUCGGAGAACAGAGAAGUAAAAUGGAUAAGCAUCAGUACACGAGAUUCUGUUUCCUAUCGAUCUGCGUCGGAUCAAUCGCACUCGUAUUCGCGAUCUCUCGCUGCUCGAUCUCCUUCUUCGACUACUCUCUUCAGAAACUCGAGUUCUCUUUCCCGGAAAGCGAGCUGCGACGAAGCUUUUACAAUGCGGGGGACGAAAACAGAGCCGUGGAUUCUCGUGACGUCGUCUCUCAGCAGAUCCUCUCCGUCAGAUCGAGGAACGCCACUUUGCGGAGUAAACCGGAGAAGAAGAAUAAGCUAAACCGGAGAAGAACGGUGGAAGUAGGACUAAGCAAGGCAAGAGCUUCUAUACGAGAAGCAGCUUCUUCUAACCGUAACGCUACAUUGUUCAGCGUUGAUCUUCCCAACGCACAAGUCUACCGUAAUCCCUCGGCUUUAUCUCAGAGUUACUUGGAGAUGGAGAAGAGGUUUAAGGUGUAUGUAUACGAAGAAGGUGAGCCACCGUUAGUUCACGACGGACCUUGCAAGAGUGUAUACGCGGUUGAAGGCAGAUUCAUUAUGGAGAUGGAGAAAAGUAGGACUAAGUUCCGUACAUACGACCCUGACCAAGCCCAUGUUUACUUCUUGCCCUUUAGUGUUACUUGGCUGGUCAGUUACUUGUACGAAUAUAACUUUGACGUUGAACCUCUCAGAACGUUUGCUUCUGACUACAUCAGAUUGAUAUCUAGUAAACACCCUUUCUGGAACCGAACCAGUGGAGCUGAUCACUUCAUGCUUGCGUGUCACGAUUGGGGACCUCUCACUUCAAAAGCCAAUGAAGAUCUCUUCAACAAAUCAAUCCGAGUCAUGUGCAACGCAAACUCAUCAGAAGGGUUCAACCCCGCAAAAGACGCGACUCUCCCUGAGAUCAAACUCUACGGUGGUGAAGUUCAUCCCCAACUCCGCCUCUCUAAAACCCUAAUGACUUCCCCAAGGCCACACCUCGCCUUCUUCGCAGGUGGAGUCCACGGUCCGGUCCGUCCCAUUCUCUUAGACCACUGGAAACAACGUGACCCUGACAUGCCCGUGUUCGAGUACCUUCCAAAACACUUGAACUACUACGACUUCAUGAGAAGCUCAAAGUUCUGUUUCUGUCCCAGUGGCUACGAGGUAGCUAGCCCUAGACUCAUCGAAGCCAUCUACUCCGAGUGCAUCCCCGUCAUCCUCUCCGUUAACUUUGUCUUGCCCUUCAGUGAUAUCCUUCGCUGGGAGACUUUCUCUGUACAGGUCGACGUCUCAGAGAUUCCGAGGCUGAAGGAGAUUCUAACGUCCAUCUCCGAUGAGAAAUACCAAAGUCUUAAACGUAACUUGAGGUACGUGAGGAGACAUUUCGAGCUCAACGAUCCACCUAAGAGGUACGAUGCGUUUCACAUGACGCUUCACUCCAUUUGGCUACGUAGGCUUAACUUGAGGCUCACGUAAAGAGAGAACAGAUACGUUAGCUCGUAUAAAAAAAAACAUUUUGUUAGCUUUCUUUUAACUCAUGCUUCACAAGUGUAGUAGUACCAUAACGUCUAGUAUAUAUAACUGGAGAACAUACAUUUGGUGUUAUUACUAUAAACCAAUGGUGAGUUU